CUCGGCAAACAUACAGCUUUACUUUUGUGGAGGAAUGUGCCUGGCCUAACAUCUAGAAACUCAUCUCUUGCCGACAAUGGCGAAAAAAGGACACAUCUACUGAUCUACGGGCUUUCUCCCACGCAAAAAUUCUCCAGAUGGCAUGACCAAACUGGAACGAGUCCGAGCCAGCCCAUAUCUGACCAGAUCAAGUCCUGCAUCACAGCUUCAAUCUGGUUUGGAAAACUUCUCACCAUUUCUGUAUCCUACCCCCUAUAUAUAUAAACAGCCACGCACAAGCAGAUAUGAUCGCAGCAAGAAGCAGCAGGCAGCACCAGCACACGUCAAGAUGAAGCUUCACGCCGCCGUGGCCGCUUCCCUCCUGGCCCUGGCCGCGGCCGCGUCGGCGGCCGGCGCCGUCACGUUCGACGCGACGAACACGGCGUCCGGCACCCCCGGCGGGCGGCGCUUCGACCAGGCCGUCGGCCUCGGCUACGCCAAGCGGGUCCUCUCCGACGCGUCCGCCUUCAUCUGGCGCACCUUCGACCAGCGCAGCGCCGCCGCCCGCAAGCCCGUGGCCGCGGUCACCCUCGUCGUCGAGGACAUCGGCGGCGUGGCCUUCACGAGCGGCGACGCCAUCCACCUCAGCGCCCGGUACGUCGGCGGCUACCCAUCCGGCGGCGACGUCAGGGCCGAGGUGACCGGCGUGCUGUACCACGAGGCGACGCACGUGUGGCAGUGGGACGGGCGGGGGGCGGCGAACGGCGGCCUCGUCGAGGGCAUCGCCGACUACGUCCGGCUCAAGGCCGGGUACGCGCCGGCGCACUGGGUGAAGCCGGGGCAGGGCGACCGGUGGGACCAGGGGUACGACGUCACGGCGAGGUUCCUGGAUUACUGCGCCUCGCUCAAGCCGGGGUUCGUGGCGCAGCUCAACGCCAAGAUGAAGGACGGGUACAGCGACGACUUCUUCGCGCAGAUCACGGGGAAGAGCGUGCAGCAGCUGUGGCAGGACUACAAGAAGAAGUAUGGGGGCUGAUGGGGGAUAGGUAGGUGGUCAGGAUACUGUUGCUUACUAUGCUGAAUAAUAAUAAUGUUCAAAAUGGCUUGAUGCCAGUUUGUGAUGUGAAAAAAAGGAAACAAAAUGAUGUAUAAAAUAAAAUAAAUAAACUUUCGAUAAGGUAUUGUUGAGCGUGGAACAA